CGCAGUCAGCCCGGAUUUUUUACUCACUGGAUAAUUGCAGAAUUUACGGAAUAAUCUGAAAAGCGAGGAAUUUUUACAAAAAUGAGCAACGAACUAAAGGACGAUCUGCGGCGCUUUCUGCACUGGGGUCCAAUCACUCUACUAACCCUGACUCUGAUUAUCACCUGGACCGUCUUUCACAUGAACUCGAUGUGGUGGCCUCUGGGCCAGAGUCUUGGAUCCGUGGUGAACUACACCCUCAUCUGGGCUCACACCUUCGGCACCCUGUACAAUUUCAUCAGGUCCUUGAUGGUUGGUCCUGGCUUCGUGCCACUCAAGUGGUAUCCCAUGGACAUCAAGGAUACGCAGUACUUGCAGUUCUGUACGCGCUGCGAUGGCUACAAGGCGCCCAGAUCGCAUCACUGCCGGCGUUGCGAUCGAUGUGUGAUGAAGAUGGACCAUCACUGUCCCUGGAUCAACACCUGUGUGGGUUGGUCCAAUCAGGAUAGCUUUGUGUACUUCCUCCUCUGCUUCCUGUCGGCCAGCAUUCACGGAGCCAUCAUAAUAGUCGGCGCCGUCGUACAAGGAAUACAGAAGCGUUGGUUGAUCAGACAGGGAUUGCGACACAUGGCCAACGUGCAUUUGACCCCCACAAAUCUGAUGGCCUGUGUAUUUAGCCUGGGAGUGAUCAUGGGCACGGCUUUGGCCAGUGUGAAGCUGCUCUAUAUGCAAAUGAAGGUGAUAUUCAGGAACCAGACUGAGAUCGAGAGCUGGAUUGUGAGGAAGGCGCUUUUUCGUCGCAAUGCAUAUCCUGGAAACAGGAUAAGGGCUUUCGUUUUCCCCUACAAUCUGGGCUGGAAGGCAAAUCUUUGUGAGGUUUUCCUAACCCCUGGCGAUGGCAUUUCCUGGCCCGUUCUACCGGGAUGUAAUGAAUACAGUCUCACCUGUGAGCAAUUGGAACAGAAGAAGGACAAAAGGGCUCGCACUCGGCUCUUUAGAUGCAUUCGUCCUGCCACGGGACACUGGGUGCCCAUCUUCUCCCAAGGACUGUGGGUAUCUCUGCAGAUUCCCUGCACCGAUGAUCCUCGUAUUGAGUUGAAGCCUGAUGAUAUCAUACGUGUGACUCGCAUCCAGGAGUACUGGCAUUAUGGCGAAAGAGUGAUCUCGAAGAAAAUAGAAAAGAACAGGAGGAGAAGGGGUGCUAUUAGGGGAUGGUUUCCCAGCUGUUGUGCCGUGGAAAUAUGUGAAGAUUCUGGCAGUGAAGAUGAUUUGGCUGGUGGGGAACCUGUGAGGACGCAGGACUCUCCAGCUAAAGAAUCUCAAGAGACAGAAUGGGAUAAGUCUGGUAACGAAACUAGUAGCAAGCUCGAGAUCUUAAGGGAUUUUUCUUGCAACGAUGUGAAGCAUAGAAAAAGCCAGCUUGUUAACUAAAGUGUAUGUGUCGGGGCGACUUAAAUCCAGUAGAGAAAUCCGUGGCUUUCGCCGCAAUGAAAUUGCCUUGGUCAACCAGCGCAUUAAUCUCUUAAAGCUUAAU